AUGACAAUAGAUGUCAUAGGGGUGGUGGAUCGCCAUAACGGUUAUGGUCGGCCUGGUAUGGGUCAGCGUAAGACUACAAACCCCAAACAACAGCAACAACAAGGUAACUAUUCACAACCUCCUCCACAACAGCAGCAAUAUUAUCAGCCUCAACCUCAACAGUAUCAACCUUCGCGAAUUCAACAUCAACAACUACCUCCUCCUCAAGUGCAACAGCCACCACCUCCACAACAACCACGAUAUGAUUCUUAUUCAAGACAUAAUCAAUCCCAACCUCUGUUGUAUCUGACUACACUGAACCCACAACAAAAACAACAACAACAACUGUACACCACUAUUCCUAUUCAACAACAACAGGCCGUUCCUUCUCAAUAUCAACAGUAUCUGUCCCCUCCUCAACAACUGUAUCAACAGCUGAACCACUCUCAGCAACAUUACCAACAACACUAUCAACCAAAGCCACAACAACAGCAACAACAACAACAUUAUGCUGCUCCUCCUCAACAAACUCAAGGUCAAUAUUCCAAUUACCAACAGCAGAGACCCCCAACAUCUCUGGCUCAUGGAUCAUACGAACAACAAUAUCCUCACCUGCAUUAUGAUGGACAUGGAAGAACAUCAGUGGAAAGUAUCCCUACUCGUGUAUCUCCACCUCAAAAGAGACCAUCUAAUGGUGAGCAAACAAUUCAUUCUGUACAACAACACAUGGAAAGAGUCAAUAUCUCAGAGAAUGCCAAACCUUUAACUUCUGCUCAAAAGAAGCUUGCUAAGCAACAAAAGUUAGAAAACGAGUUAAGGGCAACUUUCGAUAGAGUGGAUACUAAUCAUACUGGAAUAAUUAGUCCGUCAGAAUUGGCUCGGGCUCUUUCAAAUUUUGACAAUACUCCAUUUAAAGAAUCCACAGUUAUUUUAAUGAUAAAAUUAUUUGGUUCGAGCAAUCCUAAAAGUGGAUCACUUCGAGGUUUAAACUUUGAACAAUUUGUAGAUCUUUGGAAACAUUUACUGAUGUACAAGAAGUUAUUUUUACAAGCAGAUUCAGAUAAACUGGGAGACAUUUCAUUUGGUGAAUUCCAUGAAAUUGUAAAGGAGAUUGGCUACAGAUUAGAUGUUGAUUUGGUAUUAUUUGUAUUUCAAAAGUUUUGCCCGAAAGAUGUUAGUGAUAUUGGUAGAUUAAAGUUUGAUGUUUUCAUAGAGUUAUUGGUGUACUUGAGAAAGGUUACUGAUAUAUUCAAGAAAUAUGAUGAAGGUUUAACAGGUGUUGCUUCCAUUCCAUUUGCUGAUUUCUUAUUAGAGGUUACUAACUUAUGA